AUGAGUCAUGUCCAUUCCCCACUUUAUUUAGUGCUGAGUCGGAUGAGUGUCGACGACAAGCCGAAAUCGUCAUCAUCAUCAUCAUUUGGAGCUGGAACAGGUCGCGUUCCUGAAGUGAAAGAGACGACGGUGACCACGAUGGUGGACGACGGAUCGGCUCAAGACGAGUCAGUGAAAGUCGUCAAAUUCAACUACAUGUGGACAAUCAAUAAUUUUUCAUUUUGUCGGGAAGAAAUGGGAGAGGUGCUCAAAUCAUCAACGUUUUCGGCAGGCGCUAGUGACAAGCUAAAAUGGUGUCUGCGGAUAAAUCCAAAAGGACUGGAUGAAGAAUCAAGGGAUUAUUUGUCGCUUUACCUGUUACUCGUGCAAUGUGCCAAGAGUGAAGUGCGCCAAAUUUUCAAAAAAGUUUUCUCAUACUAA